CUGUACCAUCCAAUAAAAUAAAAUAAAAAAACACACCAUGGCAGGAAAAGCAUCGUCUCAGCAAUACGCGCCGCUACCAAGCCACCCCAUACACCAAAACGUCAUCGUUUUACCCUAUUUUCAUCCACCGCCGAACUCCACUUAUCUCUUUCUCCGCCGCUGUCUCUUCCAUACAACCGCCAUCCUCCUCCUUUUCUCGGCCAUAUAUUUUCUCUACCCAUCAGACCCAUCUGUCGGAAUCGCUCGCAUCAAACUCAACCAUAUCCGAGUCCACUCAGUACCGAAAUUAACGCUAGACCUAUCGUUCUCUCUCUUAGUCAAGAUUAAAAACAGGGACUUAUACUCGUUAGAUUAUGAUUCACUUAAUGUGUCAGUUGGGUAUCGAGGGAGAGAGCUGGGUGUUGUUAGGUCUGAAGGAGGAAAAAUUAGGGUUCGAGGAUCGUCUUAUGUUAAUGCGACACUUGAUUUGAAUGGGUUUGAGGUUAUUAAUGAUGUUUUUUAUUUGAUUGAGGAUUUGGCUAGAGGUGUUGUUCCUUUUGAUGCUGAUACUAUGGUUGAUGGUCAAUUAGGGUUCUUCUUCUUCAAUAUUCCUAUUAAGGCAAGAGUAUCAUGUGAGGUGUAUGCAAAUACUGUCAAUCAGACAAUUGUCCGUCAAAAUUGUUACCCUAAGUGAUAAACAGAAGUUUCAUACAGAUCUCUUGAAGAGCCGAGGACGUGGAGCUAGGUGCCGGAAGUAAAUUGUUCGAUUUUCCCAGCGGCCCUUUGAACAAGGGUACUACUAGCUCUUCUGUGCAUUUAUUGCCUGCCCUUUACAGUUUCAUGUCAGAUCAUUUCGAGCUAUAUUAGCUUGUAAUUAGUGUAAAGGAUUCAUUUUAUCAAAGAACAAAAAAAAUCCGUAUAGCCAACUUAUACAAAGCUGUUGAUUCAAUUCUGAA